GCGGAGCCGGCGCGGCGCCGCUCUGGCUGCUGGGAGGUGUAGUCGGCGGUCGAGACGGUCGGUGGCUUCGUUUAUCGCCGGUGGAGCCCGUACCGCGGUUUCUGCGCCACGCGAGCACGGGCGGGCAGGGGGGCAGGCAGCUGGCUCUGCUGCUCGCAGGAGCAUCUACUGAAAUACAAGAAGGGGUUAAUUAAGGAUGACUGAAAAUAUGGCCUCGUUAUAAACUCUGAAGUAUGACUGACUUCUAGAUAACGUGGUUUUAUCCAUGUGAAAUUUACUAAUCUCCAUUUCUUUUUGUAGCUGAAGGAACAUGAUGGAAGAGAGUGGAAUAGAGACAACUCCACCUGGCACGCCCCCGCCAAGCACAGCAGGGGCUGCUGCUGCCGCUGCUACACCUGUCUCAUUAGCUUUGUCCAGUCCCCUUGCGACACCAAGCAUGUCAUCUGCUGCUGCAUACUCACCACCCUUGCCAGCUGGAGUCUCUCCUCUUCCUCCUCCUAUGAUGACUUCAGCUUCGCUUCCACUUGUGCCUUCUGCAACAGUUUCUACUAUUGCACCACCUUUAACUUCUGCCCCACCUCCUGUUGCCCCUUCAGCUUUUAGUACCUCCAUGUCACAGUUCUCUGCAUCUCCUCCAUUAAGCUCUACUGGUGGCCCUGGUCUUCCUGCACCUCCCACUGGUCCCCCGAUUUCGGGAUUUUCCAUGUCUUCAACCUAUGACAUUACCAGAGGUCAUGCUGGUCGAGCACCACAGAGCCCACUGAUGCCAUCAUUUUCUGCACCUCCAGUCACAGGUGUUUUGGCAGAUCCUAUUACUCAACAAGCAACUUUCUCAUCACCUUUGGCUCCUGGAACUGGUUCUGCAAUCACUUUUCCUGAGGAGCGUGAAGACCCUAGAGUAUCUACUGCCCAAGGUGGAGCACCUGCUGGAGGACUGUGGGGGUUUAUAAAGGGUGUAGCUGAGAAUCCCAUGGUGAAGUCUGUUCUUGAUAAAACGAAACAUUCAGUGGAGACCAUGAUCACAACACUGGAUCCUGGCAUGGUUCCAUAUAUCAAAACUGGGGGAGAACUGGACAUAGUGGUUACUUCUAAUAAAGAGGUAAAAGUCGCAGCAAUUAGAGAUGCCUUUCAAGAAGUCUUUGGAAUGGCUGUUGUUACUGGAGAGGCUGCACAGUCUAACAUCGCACCCCAACCUGUGGGCUAUGCUGCAGGUUUAAAAGGAGCCCAAGAAAGGAUAGACAGCUUGCGUCGGACAGGAGUAAUACAUGAAAAACAGCCUGCUGUAUCAGUAGAAAACUUCAUUGAGGAAUUGCUUCCUGACAAGUGGUUUGACAUUGGAUGUUUGAUUAUUGAGGAUCCAAUUCAUGGAAUUCAUCUGGAAGCUUUUACCCAAGCAACACCAGUGCCAUUGCAAUAUGUUCAGCAGGCUAAAAGUCUCACUCCUCAGGACUACAGUCUGAGAUGGUCAGGCCUGUUGGUGACCGUGGGCGAAGUACUUGAGAAGAGUAUACUGAAUGUCAACAGGACUGAUUGGCACAUGGUAUUCACUGGCAUGUCCCGUCGACAGAUGAUCUACAGUGCAGCAAAGGCUCUAGCAGGAAUGUACAAGCAACACUUACCACCCAGGACGGUUUGAAAGAAGGCUGAUCUGUGACACUAAGGAAUACUGGGUCUGAUUGAAGAAUUCAAGUGAAAGCUACAUAUUUUAAUUCUCAAUGGAUACAGCACAGAUCUGUAAUCUAACUGUAAACUGUAUUUUACUUUUUAAGAAAUGAAGGUAUUUUCCAAUAGUGGAAAUGAACAAUUUUAACUACUAUAUGAUUUCCAAUAUGAUUCACAAAACAGGAAAUCAGAACAAACAUAUUUAUAAGUGGGACAAAUACCGUUACAGUUUGUAAGUGGAAUGUGCUAUUAUUUGACACCUUACUAGGAAUUUGCUGAGAUACUUUAGUUAGUAUACUUUUUUAAAGAAGGGGUUCAUUGUUCAGUUAUUUCUGUUAUAUUAGUAAUAUAAACAUGCUGGUAGCGUAAUAUAUCUGUUAUAUAUGCAUUUCAAUCCAGAGAGACUACCUUCUGUAUUAGAUGUUUUCUUGGCUCCUGUGCUUAGGUGGUACUUAACACCUCAUAGGUUUGGUGUCUGUAUAAGUUCUCAGGAGUGAUGCUGAGUAGUUUUUACAACACGUAACAGUGAGCAGCUGAAGAAGAGCACAAAUCCAUGCCCCAUUAGUAGAAGUAACUGCUAAAUAAUUUUGAAAUCUUGUUUUCCAUGCUGCACCUUUUUUUGUUUUUAUGUAACAGUAAUGGCAUUUACAUCCAAUUAAAACACUAGACAAAUUCCAAGUUGCUUCAGUGGGUUUUAGAUCAGGUACCACAUAUGCAUGAAAUUAUCUCAGCAGUUUCAACAACAUAAUUUACUACAGUGCUUCCAAACUUCAUAUUUUAUAUGGAAUUAUGUAAUUUCUUCUACAAAGUUAUGGUUGUCAGCAUUUUGAUGCGGAAAAUGGUGAGAUGUGUAUCCCUUGCUUUGCUCUCCUGGGUUUUCUAAACAUUUUUAAGUCUUAAAUGCCUUCUUGAUGUCAUGAGCUCACUGUUUCCUAUGUAAGUCUUCAGUGGUGUCUGAUUUUUUUCUUGGCUAUAAAUGCCCUGUAUCCAUGCUCACGCAAUCUUAAAUCUUCAUUUAGAAAUACAGAAGUAAUUGUGAAGAAAAUAUUUUGGUAAUAAUACUUUUUUUAAGAAAGAAAGAAAGAAUAAACAAAUACUCUUUGUUUGCCUUAAAGAAACAGUUUUUCAGCUUGUAUUGCUCUGCCUUUACUUUUCUUAGGUGCUUUCAAAAGACAUUUUUAUAUACGAUAUACUGUUAAGCCAGCUCGCGUUUGUACCCAAUGAAAGCCUGUCUAUUUCCAAGUAAUAUAUUUUGCCUUAAUUGUCUUGCUCUGUAAAUUAGUUGAAUAAAUGUUUUUCCUAGA